GACUCCUCCCUCAGGCAUAUUAAGCUCAGGGCUCUACCGAAGGGACGGGAUCUCCUGAGAGCCUCUAGAGCAGCCCUGCAUCUUGACCGCUACACACACACGCUUGACCAGCUGAGCAGGAUGCCUUUCGGUGGGGGAAACCCGUGUGGCUGCUGCCAUAAGACUGUCUACUUUGCUGAGGAAAUGCAGUGUGAAGGGAAGAGCUUCCACAAGUCCUGCUUCCUGUGCAUGGCCUGUAAAAAGAACCUGGACAGCACAACAGUGGCUGUCCACGGGGAUGAGAUCUACUGCAAGUCCUGCUACGGCAAGAAGUAUGGACCAAAAGGCUACGGCUUUGGCGGUGGAGCAGGAACCCUGAGUAUGGAUACUGGUGAACACCUGGGGAUCAGACCAGAGGGACAAUCUUCUCAUCGCCCCACCAACAACCCCAACGCCUCCAAGUUUGCCCAGAAGUUCGGCAGCUCAGACGUCUGUCCACGCUGUGGGACGGCCGUGUAUGCGGCAGAGAAGGUUGUGGGGGGAGGAAAUUCCUGGCAUAAGAGCUGCUUUAGGUGUGCUAAGUGUGGUAAAGGCCUGGAGUCAACAACGCUGGCGGACAAAGAUGGAGAAAUCUACUGUAAAGCGUGCUAUGCCAAGAAUUUCGGACCAAAGGGCUUUGGUUUUGGCCAGGGUGCCGGUGCCUUGGCACAUGCCCAGUAGGCACAUGCCCACGCCAUGCCACUGGUGCCCAUCCCACGCAGACGUGUGUUCCUGACCACGACGCCUCCCACCCUCGAGUGUGAAGAUGUGUAUACGGCAACCCCCCCCGCCCAGCCCCCCCCCCGUUGGACGCAAUACCACAUGCCAUGCGUACACUUCCCAAAGGCUUACGCUCCUGAAGGCUUCAACUCCUGUUUCCUUGCACGCACACACACACACACACACACACACACACACACACACACACACGUCUAGAACUGGCUCUGGAGAGAGAGAGAGAAAGAACCCAGAUGCGAGACCUUUCCCCCAUCACUGGCAGCAUCAAACUGUGGACUACGUCAUGCCCUGAUUCCCACUUCAAUUCAUUUAACCAUUUGUAGUAUGAUAGUACAGCUCAAUUCAAUUGAAUUUUGAAUGCCACCAGUACCACAAUUGAGAUGGUCUGUUUGAAGAGCCCAGAGUCUGAAUUCAAAUUAGGCCUAAUCUUAUAGAUUUUCAUCUGAACAGGGCCAAAUUGGGCCUAAUCUUAUAGAUGUUCACCUGAACAGGUCCAAAUUAGGCCUAAUUUUAUAUCACCUGAACAGGGCCAAAUUAGGCCUAAUCUUAUAGAUGUUCACCUGAACAGGGCCAAAUUGGGCCUAAUCUUAUAGAUGUUCACCUGAACAGGUCCAAAUUAGGCCUAAUUUUAUAUCACCUGAACAGGGCCAAAUUAGGGGUCACAUUCCUUUUCAGCUGUCAGCUCAUGUCCAGCAGGCCUCCGUAGUUUCAGGUGCCACGCAAUUCACCGGCUGGACUUCAGACAAAGUCUUAUCCUUUAUUAUUUGACUCCCUUAUCACAUUGUGUCACAGAUAUGCAACGUUAUUCUCUUUGCUGUGGAGCUUGGUCGCCUCUAUCUGUGUGUGCCUGAAAGGCUCUUUUGUGUGGAAGCCUGCCGUCUGUGUUUACUUAGCUGAGCGGCGUAUCGGUCAGCCCCUCGGUGAAAGACACACACAGUGCAGAGGCACCAGCUACAGUGACCGAGUCGAGACUCAAAAGCAUCAAAGUCUCUUUGAUAUUCAGUAAAUAUUCAGUAAAUAAGAAAUGUUCAAGUCUUACAUGCUUUAGGCAGCGUUGUUCAAGUUACAGCGAGACAAGGCGCUUCAAGAGAAAUGAAUAUCUGCGGCACUGCUGUUGCUUCAGUAAACAAUAUUGUUUUAUUAUGUUAUUAUUAAUAUUAUUCCAUCUUUAUUUUGUCUCUCUGUGCUUGGUUGGCAUGACUGUUUGCUUUGGUCAGUGAGAUAAAUGCAUCUUGUCAUCAUAA